AUGAACUCCGCUAGCGUUUCCAGCAAGGCCAAUAUCAUUGGUAUACCAGCUGACGAUCCCAGAUACACGAAUCCUGUGUCGCAGGAGAUUGGAUCUAACGGGAAACCGAAACGGAACACUUUUGCGUGUUCAAGCUGUCACGCUGUGAAGCAGCGUUGUAUUCCGACUGACGCGAACGAUAUAUACCGUAAACCAUGUACCCGGUGCCUAAAGUUCAAGAAGCUGUGUGUGUUUGAUCUGUCAAAACGUACAAGACGUAAGCGGCGUUCUAAUCAUGUCGCUGCUGCCGCCGCUUCUGCCGCUAAGAACGGGAACAUGAUGCAUUCAGUGUUGAUCCUUGGGCGGAAUUCACGACUUCCUGAUAAAGGUCAUUUCCCUCAGUCACAGCAUUACGUCACCAAGGAUAUACACCGCCACCAGGCACCCCAGUCGACGAACUGGGAUAAUGCUUCGCCAUUGGAAGUAUUUUCUGAGAGGCCAUCGAACCAAUGUAUCGAUGUGGCGAGGGUUUCACCGGGUGUAUCGACUUUGCCCGCUCCGUUCCCACCGCCGUCGCUUGUUCAUGGUUCUGUAGAUCAUGAUCAGUUAACUGACCCGGAGGGUGAAGAUGUAGAAGAAAACGACGACGAUGAUGACAGAGGAAAGGCCCUUUUGCGACAAGAAUUUGGAAUGCUAUCGGACUGUUUUAAAGAGAAAUUAGGACACGUUUCUGAAAGGCUAAGCAUAGAAGCUAAAAAAUGGAAUUUGUUCGUUGAAUCUGCGGCAGCGAUUCCCAUCCCCAGUGAUCCUGUUGCAAUUGGUAUUCUCUCGGCAGAGGAUGCAAUGCAUCGCUUAGAGCUCUAUGAAAAAUACAUGCUUAGUGAGCAUCAGUUAUCGUUUAUCCGUAUUCCAAAGUAUGACUCGAUCAAGCAGUUCAGGCUUCAGCAGCCUAUCUUAUUCUCUACUCUGCUUGCUGUUGCAUCUGUUGUGAUGCCUCAUUCCCCAGGACUCGAACUAAUCAACAUGAAGCUGGAUAACCUUGUGCUUACUCAUAUUACCCACUAUUGCAUGAGAAAUGGUGAGAAGGCGGUCGAACUCUUGAAAUCAUUAAUCCUGCUUUGUCUUUGGUACAACUUUCCUGAAUGGUCGAAUAAGUCCAGAUACCACCACUUUAACUACCUUUGUUACAACUUGGUUAGAGAACUCAGCGUGGCGUAUAUGCACAAAUCGUUGACCAUUAUUGGGGAGAAUCACGAUCAACACAAAGUUGGCACUAUUCUUGAGGAAGACCCUGACUAUCCACGGUUGAUACUUCUGGUGUAUAUUAGCUCUUUGAGUAUCUCUAUAUUUUUGCACCAGCCUAUCCAGCUCAAGUGGUUUCCCAUGGUGGAGAAGGCUUGUAAUGAUAUUCUGAGUGGCGAGUACGUUUCUGAACUGUACUCUGUGGAGGAAAAUCAAAUGUUAGUAACAUUUGCAAAAUUGCAUUUAUGUCUGGAUAGAACUUAUACCAUGCUAAGUGAAAAUUCAGAUGGUGAUUUUGUUACCAUUGACCAAGAAAAUUUGAUCAAUGUCUUGGUUGAAGAAUUAACUGUUAUUAAAAUGCAGAUACCUGCACGCUUCCUCAAUAAUAUGACAUACUUUUAUACUGUGGAGGCAUAUGUAUACGAGUCUGUGGUUUCGAGCUAUUUUUUAAAGAAUACCAAUCCUGCUGCGUCCUUACCGGAGAAUAUUGGUAAGGCAUUCACAACAGCGGCCCAAAAGUCCCUUUCUGCCCUCAAAGGGUUGCUGGAUUUGGAUCCCAAUAUUGUUGUUUCACUUCCACUUUUGAAUAUCUCUAGAGUCGUAUACACCAUGGGAAUGGCUCUUUUACGGUUAAGGUAUACGUCAAUAACUGUACCAUCCUUCGAACAUUUAAAAUCAUCCACGGUUGAAAUUUUACCCGUCCUUCAGAGAUUUGCUAUAUUUUUGGAUGAAUUAAACGAGAAGUUUCCAUACAACAGGGCUAUUUCUAAAUUGCAGUAUGUGGCUGCUUUAUUCAUUCAUACUUACUCUAACAAACUAAGGACUUGUAUAUAUGAUGGUGAUAGUCCAUUUGAAUCUUUUGAAUCUUUACAUGAUAUAUCUUCAACAACCACGUUUGAUAUAAACUCUCAUAUAUCAAAGCAGGAUAUUAGAGACUAUUUGAAAUUCGAUGCUUUUCAUAACGGGACUUUACAUGAAUUUCAGUCAGAUUUGCUAAAAAUGACAAGCAUAAUGGAUCAGAGGGAUAAGAAAUUACAUAAUAUAAAGGUUAAUUCGAUACACAAAAGCCCCGUUAAGACACAUUCAUUUCAUAUUACUAAUGGACAAGCAGCUCGAGAACCAACCGCCGCCGCACAUAUGAUAGAUUAUCUAUCAGAUUAUUUGGUUGACAAUGCAUUCGUGGAAAAUGAAUACGAUGCCUUUAACGAAGAAGUCUGCGGAAGCGUGCUAUUCAAUCAGCUAAAAUAG